AUGGAAGCUCUUACUGGAAUCGUCUUUGAGGAUGUAGAACCUCCAAAUCCUUACCUGAAAACACCGUGGAUUCCUAUUUCUCCCGUAGCAAAACGGGUUCCCUACUCAUUUACGGCAUUUGUGAACCGCAUGCGAGAUCUAAUCCCUGGUUAUAAGCCCAAGUAUGCUCGGCCGCGACUACUUCAGGAGAGGCAAGCGCUGCUACCUGCGUCUUCAACCUCAGUGGUAGUCCAUAUUGUUCAGGAUAUUGCCAGAACAACUAUCGUUCAAGCAUUCAAUAACGAUAGCCAGGCCACCAUUCGAGACGGAAAAUAUCAAUUUCCAGUUCCUUAUGGGUCGAAUAUCGUCGAUUUCAAAUGCAAGAUUGGAAACCGAGAAAUCCAGGGCCAGGUUAAACCACGGGAUACAGCUCAAGAAGAAUUUGAUAAUGCUCGCAAUCGUGGCCAGACUGCAGGUCUUGUUAAGCAGGAUACUCCAGAGAUAUUCACGACCGAACUCGGAAAUAUCCCCGACAAAACGACCGUAAAUGCAGAGCUUUCGCUCAUUUUCUUCUUGAAACACAAUCUCGCGCAGCGUUCGUCUAUAGCCACCCUUACAAUCCCCAGAUAUAUUGCUCCUCGAUAUGGCCGACCUGAUUGCAAAGUCGACCAAAAUGGGCCACCGCUAGGAAAACUAUCCAUUUCCGUGGAAAUUCUUAACGCAGAUAAGAUUGAUUGGAUCGAGAGUUAUACCCAUGACAUUAUUGUUAAGAGAAGGGUGAAGGAGAAAGCUUUUCAAAGUUGGGCUGAUUUCGUUGCCGAUAGUCCAUCCCAUCGAUCUCCGUCUGUUGCAAAUGUCAGGCUACCAUCCGGCCACACUAGUCUAAAGUGGGACUUUGUACUUCGGAUUUCCACCAUCUCUUCGGCCAAGUUAUUUAAACCUCGCGCUAGCUUGGAGAUACAUCCCUUGAUUGAAGGGCACUCGGCUACUAUGAUUGAGAUCCCCGCAGAAUUUAUGCUUCAGCGUCAGGCAUCUGUUAAUAACAAGGAAAUUAUUUUCCUCGUCGACCGGUCUGGGUCUAUGUCGAGUAAGAUACCUGGUCUUAUUUCGGCUAUGCAGAUUUAUCUACGAAGUCUUCCUUUGUCAAUACCCUUCAACAUCUGCUCCUUCGGCUCUACCUUUGAGCUUCUAUGGAAAGAGUCAAAGGCGUACUCUGAUACCACGCUGGAUGAAGCUUUAACUCACGUAUCCAAAUUCUCAGCUAGCUUAGGAGGCACCGAUCUUCUUCCAGCCCUGGAACGUGCUGUCAUGCAACAACAACAAUCUUUCCUAGAUGUCAUUGUCCUAACUGAUGGAGAAGUUUGGAGGCUGGAAGAGACGCUUCGUUUCGUGAAGCUCACGCACACUGUGUCAAAGAAAGCGGUCAGAUUUUUUUCGCUUGGUAUUGGACAUGCCGUUUCCCAUGAGCUUGUCGAAGGCAUUGCAAAGUUUGGUGGUGGAUAUGCCGAAAUUAUCCCUCCUGCUAAAACCACCGGCUGGGAGGACCGUCUUGUUGCCGUUUUGAGAGCUUCAUUAACCGGCCAUGCGACUUCAAUGAGUAUUGAGGUUGAAGGCUUGGAUAUCCAUAACGAACACAACGAAGCAGCGAUAUCAGCGCCCACUAUCCAGAUGUCCCCAGGAGACAUGUCCACAUUAAGUCCAUUUGGAAGAAAUCGCAUCUUUAUUUUAGCCCAGAACGGGCAAAUAAACUCAAAUUCUAUAAUCAAAAUCAAAUCUAGCCAAGAUGGAAAGGUAUCCAGUACGACUAUUCCGGUUAUGGCCCUCCAAGAGAAAGACUCACUUCUUCAUAAGUUUGCUGCUAGAGCUCUUCUCAGUGAUCUAGAACGGGCCAGCAGCUGGAUCCAACGGGACCACCGCAUCAGAGAGGGUGCAGAUACUGCCUCUUGGACAAAAAUUGAGGGUGAACGUUUGGGCUGCCAGUGGUCUUUGGUGUCCAAAUGGACGAGCUUUGUGGCUGUAGAGGCCAUCAGGACUUACGACCGAGAGAAACCGUCACCAGAAAUAAUAAACGUUCCUCGUUAUGAGACUGUUGAUGGCGAUGACUGGGGCCUCCUACACCCAGUAGUUGCUCGCCGCGCUCCCAUUCCUGUCGUAGAAGGAAUAAAAAAGGAAAGUAAAAGAAAUUUCAAGACGACCCAAGUUCCUGUCUCUGAUGGACCGAUUUUGAGAUCUCUGGGGCCCUGCGAACCAAUCUACCAUGGUUCGCAGCCCAGGACUUCUGAAUCAUACUCAUCCUGCAGUAGCUCUGAGUUAUCUCAUUUCUACGCGGCACCUUCUACAUCCGAACUCACUAGAGAUGGGCAUAUACGGGAUUCGGGUUUCACUGCCGACGAUCUACUUUUUGACAAUAAUGCAUCGGUGGUUCGCAGGGGGGGAGAUACAUCUGAUACCUUCGAUCCUAGAAAUCUAACCACGCACUUAUCUUCCACAACACCCCCUGAGGAGUUUGUGUGGCAUAUCGUAUCCUACCAACGAGCUGACGGUUGCUUCCUGCUUCGCCGACGAGGUAUUGGUAAAAUGAAAUUGGGAUCAGAAAUCAUGACCAUUGCUGAAGGCUUGUUUUCGGACGCCAUUAGCUUGGAAAUUGCCAUUACAAUAGUUAUUGUGGCAUUAUUAGAAGAAAGAUUCCCCAACCUUAGGGACAUGUGGCUUCUGAUUGUUCAAAAGGCCAGGGAAUACAUUGGUAUUCCCGAGCUUGAUGAACAUCCAAGCAUGUUGGCCGCAAAAAGUGGUGUUAACAGUAUUGCGGAAUCAGCGUUUCAGGAGGGGAUACACAGAAAUAUUGCUAAUUGA